AUGCGUGAGUACAAAGUGGUAGUACUCGGCAGCGGUGGCGUCGGGAAAUCUGCCCUCACGGUGCAGUUUGUCACAGGUACAUUUAUUGAGAAGUACGACCCAACCAUUGAGGAUUUUUACCGCAAAGAAAUCGAGGUAGAUUCUUCGCCCUCGGUUCUGGAGAUACUGGACACGGCUGGAACUGAGCAGUUUGCUUCCAUGCGGGACCUCUACAUAAAGAACGGUCAGGGCUUCAUUCUAGUCUACAGCCUUGUCAACCAACAGAGCUUCCAAGACAUUAAACCUAUGAGGGAUCAGAUUAUUAGAGUCAAGAGGUAUGAGAAGGUUCCGGUAAUCCUGGUGGGGAACAAGGUGGACCUGGAGAGCGAGAGGGAGGUGUCGUCCAGCGAGGGCCAGGCGUUAGCCGAGGAGUGGGGCUGCCCCUUCAUGGAGACCUCCGCCAAGAGCAAAACCAUGGUGGACGAACUGUUUGCCGAGAUCGUCCGGCAGAUGGACUACGCCGCUCAACCGGACAGAGACGACCCCUGCUGCUCCUCCUGCAAUAUACAAUAGCCCACAUGCCUUGGCACACGGACGGGAAGA